AUGGAACAUUUUUCGUCCACGUACAAUUUUGAAUUAAAAUUUGCUGGUCAUCGUUUAAAGGAUCAUCAGGAAUUAUUGUUAUUUGUCCUGAGCCGGGAAACACUCCUGAUGCUUUAUGAAAACAGGAAUUGGCCAAAUACAAUUAAUUCAAUUGAUUAUCUUAAAAUUAGUCCAAGUCAUCUACCACCUCAAUUUUCUAUUAUGUUAAGAAAUGUUCCACUGGAUGUGGAUGUUAAUGAAUUUUUAUCAUUAGUCAAGAUUGAUUAUCCCGAUAUUAUGAAUGUCCAUCGAAUAUCAAAUAAAUUGAAACAACCAACAUCAUUUAUCCGUUUAGACAUUAAGAACAUCGAGACAAUAAAUGAACUACUUAGAAAAAAAUUCAUCAUGGUUAAAAAUGAACGAUUUCCGGUAAAAGAAUAUAUUGCUCCAGCUAAAGUCUUGAUAUGUUCGAAAUGCUUCCAAAUUGGACAUUUCCGUGGUAGAUGCAAAAGUGUUCUUGAUUAUUGUAGGUUGUGUGGUAAUAGUGUUCCUGAUCUUAAACUUCACAAAGAAUCAUGUGAUAAUCAAUUAUGUUGCAUUAGAUGCAAAGGGCAACAUGAUGCUAAUGAUAUUAGAUGUCCUGAAGUUAAGGCUUAUCGUGCAGCAUUAACAAAAUCAUUAUUAACCACCACAACAAACACGAACAACAAUCGCAACAACCAUCAAGCACAUCCAUCUAGUCAUACAAAUUUUCGUUAUAAAGAUCAAGACUUCCCACUGCUGAACCACAAUUAUAUGAACAAUUAUUCAAAAAAUAACAAUCAAGCUGAUUUAACCAAAAGAAUUGAUGAAUUAGUUACACAAUCGAACAAGAUCGAGAAGAACCUAAAUAGAUUAAUGGAAUUGAACAACAACUUCAUUGUCCAACAAACGAAUAUGCAACAUCUAAUUACAAAUCAUGAUCAUAUGAUACAGAUACAACAACUUGAUUUAGGUUUUCAGAAAGACUUAGUAAAUCACUUCAUAUUACCUGUAUGUCAAGAACUUACCGAGAUCAUACCUUUAUUUGUUCAACAACAAUUAGUUAAUGAUACAACAACAUUUUGUCAAUCGCUAACAGCUUUAUGUACAAAACUUGGAAAUGACCUCCCAUUAUGGUUUAAACGUUCAACAGAAAAUGAAAAUGCAAAAAAUAAACUAUCAAUGGAACUGAAUCUGAAGAACAAUCUACAAGUCCACCAGAAUUACUUAUCAUGUAGCAACGCUCCGCCACCACCUCCUAACUAA